AUGACGAGGGGCAUAAAGUGGGUCACAGACAAGGCCACCAAGGAGAACAAGAGGAAGGCGGGGUGCGGACACAGACUGGAUAUGAGGGAGGCUUUGGAAAAGGAAGUAUCGCAGAAGAAGGGGGUUACAGAAGAGAGUACAGCUGUCAACAAUGAAUCCAGCCCAACUUCCAGUGAACCCACUACAGCCACCACUGGAUCCAGUGCAACCUCCAGUGAGACUAGUAUAGACGCAAACACUGCACCCAGCACGACCCAUGGUAGUCCUACCACAGCCACUAAUGCUGGAUCCCAAGAGACCUCCAGUGGAUCCAGCACAACCUCCAGUACUGAACCCACCGUGACCUCUGAAGGAUCCAGCACAACCUCUGACACUGGAUCCAGUGUGACCUCUGGAGGGUCCAGCACAACCUCCAGUACUGGAUCCAGCACGACUUUUGGAGGGGCCAGCACAACCUCUGAUACUGGAUCUAGCGUGACCUCUGGAGGGGCCAGCACAACCGCCAGUACUAGAUCCAGCACGACUUCUGGAGGGGCCAGCACAACCUCUGACACUGGAUCCAAUGUGACCUCUGGAGGGACCAGCACAACCUCUGACACUGGAUCCAGUGUGACCUCUGGAGGGGCCAGCACAACCUCUGACACUGGAUCCAAUGUGACCUCUGGAGGGGCCAGCACAACCUCUGACACUGGAUCCAAUGUGACCUCUGGAGGGACCAGCACAACCUCUGACACUGGAUCCAGUGUGACCUCUGGAGGGGCCAGUACAACCUCUAGUACUGGAUCCAGUGUGACCUCUGGAGGGGCCAGCACAACCUCCAGUACUGGAUCCAGCACGACUUCUGGAGGGGCCAGCACAACCUCUGACACUGGAUCCAGUGUGACCUCUGGAGGGACCAGCACAACCUCUGACACUGGAUCCAAUGUGACCUCUGGAGGGACCAGCACAACCUCUAGUACUGGAUCCAGUGUGACCUCUGGAGGGACCAGCACAACCUCUAGUACUGGAUCUAAUGUGACCUCUGGAGGGUCCAGCACAACCUCUAACACUGGAUCCAGCAUGACCUCUGGAGGGACCAGCAUAACCUCUAGUACUGGAUCCAAUGUGACCUCUGGAGGGACCAGCACACCCUCUAGUACUGGAUCCAAUGUGACCUCUGGAGGGUCCAGCACGACCUCUAACACUGGGUCCAGCAUGACCUCUGGAGGGGCCAGCACAACCUCUGAUACUGGGUCCAGCACAGCCUCCAGUGGGACCAGCACGGCCUCCAAAACUGGAUCCAGUGCAACCACGGGAGGCUCUGAUACCUCUUUUCCAACUGGAACACAAACAACUCCUGACAAAAGUAGCACAAGUGCUGGAACUCCAGCAGAGGAAGUGAAACCCAGUGGGUCCCUGAAGCCGUGGGAAAUCUUCCUCAUCACUCUGGUCUCAGUUGUAGUGGUCGUGGGAUUCUUUGCUGGGCUCUUCUUCUGCGUGAGAAACUCCCUGUCCCUGAGAAAUGUCCUUGACACAGCUGUCUACCGACCCCAUGGCCCCAACCUCGGCCGGGGCCCUGGAGGGACUCACGGAGCCCAUCACAGGCCUAGGCGGAGCCCUGCCAGGUCCUGGAACAGACCCAUAUCCUCAGUAACCAUGGAGAUGAACGAAAGUCACAGCCGGGCGCCCCGGGCACUGCGGGCACUGCCUCGGGACUCGGGACUCGGCGCAACCGAGCGGCUGCAGGGGUGGGGCGGGCUAGACGAGCAGCAGGGGACCGGCGCCGCGCAGGGAGGCCGCGCCACCCCGGGGGAGCUGCCCGGCGGCGAGUUCGCCCCGCAGCUGAAAUAA